GAGGAAGCAGACAAAGGGAAGGGGCUCAUCGGAGGGGCAGCGGCGACUUCCCACCCUGCCCAUCCUCUCCCAGCCAGGUGGCUCCCUUUCCUAUCCCCGCUGAAAGCCAGACAGAACCAACGCGGGGCCCGAGGUAACUGACCAGGUCUGAAGCACCUGGUAUUCUCCAUGCAGUGUUUCCUGAUGGCACUCCUCAGCACAAAGAUUAUAAGGACAGCUGUGAAAGAACAGGAUUCGUUGGCUCUCAUGCGGACCAGGAUUUGAAUUCUGCUGUAUACAUCUAAUGAUUAACCAUAGUGACACAGACAUUGCAGGUAACUGCAGACCUAAAGUGGAGCAAUGACCCAGGAGAAUUCCUAGGUGCAGCUUCUACAAGGACAUUGGCGGACACAGCCUCCUCAAGCUCACCUGGAAGAUGGGUGACGGCACAUGGGUCACACUUAGUCCGGCUGAGUUUGCUCAGCUCCAGCAGUAUUCUGAGUACUCCACAAAGAAACUGAAAGAUGUUUUGGAAGAGUUUCAUGGAGAUGGUAUUCUCUCAAAAUAUAAUCCAGAGCAGAAGCAGGACCCUCUGAACCAACCUAUUGACUAUGAAGGAUUCCAGCUCUUCAUGAAAACCUAUCUGGAGGUGGAAAUUCCUGAGGAGCUCUGCCAGCACCUCUUUAUGUCCUUCAAACGAAAAAUCUGUCAAUAUUCUCCGGAAGGCCAGCGACAAAAUUCCAGUGGUCCACAACUCAGCAAUCCUGAGUCCAAAACUCUAGAUACAGGUAUCUCCAUCCAGACGGAAGUUGCUUGUGCUCCUGUUACAGGAAUCAAUGGCAAAACUCUCCUCAGUACGAUGGGAAGGCACACACCUGAAUCCAAAAGCUCUCAGGCAAACCUGCCAGACCAGCAUUCAGCAUCUCUGUGCCCCACUCCAGCUGCCAACGCCAAUGCCCUUGGAAAUGCCUCACCCAGCUGGUCAAGAUCAUCAUCACAAAAAUCCACUGCUGGCACCCCCUCUGCUCACAACUCCUCAGGGUCCUCCAAGAUCUCCUCAGGUUCUUUGCUUAGCCCACAGUCCCCGGGCUCCAGAAGCUUGGAGAAGAAAUUGCCCUUCAACCUUCGAAAGAGCCACAUCUCCUUGAAACCAGCCAGUCCACACCCACCAGCCCCAUCACUGGCUCAGGUAGUCUACCUGAAGGACAUUGUCUGCUACCUGUCACUGCUGGAAAGGGGACGGGCUGAGGAUAAGCUGGAGUUUAUGUUUCGACUCUAUGACACAGAUGGCAAUGGCCUCCUGGACAGCUCGGAGCUGGAUCGUAUUAUCAACCAGAUGGUUCACGUAGCAGAAUACUUGGAGUGGGAUUCCACAGAACUGAGGCCGAUCUUGAAAGAGAUGAUGGAAGAAAUAGACUACGAUCAUGAUGGAACGGUGACACUGGAAGAAUGGAUUCGAGGUGGCAUGACCACCAUCCCUCUGCUGGUUCUUCUGGGCAUGGAAACAAAUGUGAAGGAUGAUGGGCAGCAUGCCUGGAGGCUUAAACACUUCAAGAAGCCCGCCUAUUGCAACUUUUGUCGCACUAUGUUGUUGGGGGUCAGGAAACAAGGCCUGUGCUGUUCCUUUUGUAAAUACACAGUCCAUGAAAGAUGUGUAUCUAAAGACAUUGCCCCUUGCAUCAACACUUAUGUGAAAUCAAAGAGAAAUACAAAUGUUAUGCAGCACACAUGGAUUGAAGGGAACUCCCCAGCUAAAUGUGAUCGGUGUCAUAAAAGCAUCAAAUGCUACCAGGGCAUUACUGGACUACAUUGUGUAUGGUGCCAAAUCACACUUCACAACAAAUGUGCCUCUCACAUGAAACCAGACUGUGAUGGUGGGCACCUCAAGGACCACAUCCUCCUACCUACCCACAUCUGCCCAGUAGUUCUGGAUAGACAAUCCCACCCAAGAAGAUCAGACAGUGAAUCACCAUCCAGCACUACCCCAGAUGACACAAACCUGACCUUCAGAUACAAUACCACCACCAUAGAUGGACAUGGGCUGCAGAUCACCCCUAAUCCUGGAACACAUCCACUGUUGGUGUUUGUGAACCCCAAGAGUGGAGGGAGACAAGGAGAAAGGGUUCAUCGUAAAUUCCAUUACCUACUGAACCCCAGACAGGUUUACAACCUGGACCGAGGAGGACCCAUUCCUGGAUUAAAUUUUUUCCGCGAUGCUCCAGACUUUCGUAUUCUGGCUUGUGGAGGGGAUGGGACUGUUGGAUGGAUCCUGGACUGCAUAGAUAAGCUAAACUUACCAAAGCACCCUCCUAUGGCUAUCCUGCCCCUAGGAACAGGCAAUGACCUUGCCCGCUGUCUACGAUGGGGAGGAGGGUAUGAAGGAGGCAACCUGAUGAAGAUCCUGAAAGAUAUUGAACACAGUACUGAAGUAAUGUUGGACCGAUGGCAAAUUGAUGUCAUCCCCAAUGACAAAGAAGAGAAUGGGGAUCCUGUACCAUACAGUAUAAUUAACAACUAUUUCUCCAUAGGAGUGGAUGCAUCCAUUGCACACAGAUUCCACAUGAUGAGAGAAAAACAUCCUGAAAAGUUCAAUAGCAGAAUGAAGAACAAGCUGUGGUAUUUUGAAUUUGGCACAACAGAAACCUUUGCUGCCACCUGCAAGAAGCUUCAUGACUAUGUAGAGAUUGAGUGUGAUGGAACAGUUCUGGAUCUGAGCAACACUUCGUUGGAAGGCAUUGCAGUCCUCAAUAUUCCCAGUAUGUAUGGAGGGUCCAAUCUAUGGGGAGAGACCAAGAAGCAACGCAGCCUUAACCGGAUGAGCAAGAAAGCGCCUGAAAAGUUACAGUCCUCAGUGGUCACUGAUGCCAAGGAGCUCAAGUUCUGUGUCCAAGACCUCAGUGAUCAACUUCUUGAAGUUGUGGGUCUUGAAGGAGCUAUGGAGAUGGGACAGAUCUAUACUGGACUGAAAAGUGCUGGCAAGAGGCUGGCCCAGUGUUCCUCUGUCACUAUCAGGACGUCCAGGUUGUUACCUAUGCAGGUAGAUGGAGAGCCUUGGAUGCAGCCACCUUGCACAAUCAAAAUUACCCACAAAAGCCAAGUGCCAAUGUUGCUAGGACCUCCCCAAAAGAGCAGCUUUUUCUUCCUGAAGAGGAGAAACCGAACUCGAGACUAAUCUGCAACCAAGCAAAGAACAAUCUCCAGAAGCAGCUGUUCUCCAUUCCAGUGGCAGCCAUGCAGGGAAAAUGGGUGGAAAAGAAACCUUCGUCCCUUCAGAUUUCCUGGCUUCUGAAUCUGUUUUGGAAACAUCAGUCUGGAACGAGCAUUAUGAACUCUUAGUGGAAAAUAACAGGGUUGGCAUUCGGCAGCUGAACUGAAAUAGCAGUGUGGGUUUGUAUAUACAUGCACACAUAGCCACAUUCUCUAAAUAUCACUGGCAGGGAUAACACUAACAUUGAUGGUUUGGGAGGAUUCCCUCUCCCUCUCCACCACAGUGCCACAAUCCAAAGAGGGAAAACUCUCUCUCAACUGCUCUGGUUGGCCUGUAUUGAAAGCCUGGAUUUCUGAAGAGAGUAGUUCUGGGCAACCAUGAAUUAUAUAGCCGUGUCAGAAAGCAAAGAAAGCAAACAAACAGGCAUCGGAAACAGUAUGUCUGACGUAGUCCUGCAGAAGGGAUGUGCGAGAUUUUCCAUUUUUAUUCAGACUCUUCAAAACCCCUGGAGUUACUGUUCAACCAUCAAACUUGGCAAGAACUCAAGCUUCACUUAUUUAUUCCACCCCCCAAGUGUGUCAAGAAGACAUUUGGCAUCUUUUUGUAAAGCCUUCACGAUCACCAAACCUGACACAUUGUUGGAAAUCUUAUUUAUUUUUCUUAGUUUAGAAUACGGGGGAGGGAUGUGAAUGAAAAGGAGAAUGAAAAUAAGGUUCACUUAUUUUUUCCUGGCUCUUUCAAUGUUUCAUGCUAUCAUAAUUUAAAGAGAGAGGGAGCAGAAGCUGGUUAGGCACCCCAUUUUAGGGGCACAUGAAGGCAGAAAGCUAUUAUUGCCAAGAGGAAACCAGAAAGGGUGAGGUCAACAGUAAAAAGCAGGUGCCUUUUUUGGAAAUAGAAAGAAAUUGCAGGGUAUUUCAACAUGUCAUAGUUUGGCAGGAUGGUGGUCUCAACAAAUUUGGGGAUACUUUCAGAGGGUAUACCCUGUUUCCCCUAAAAUAAGACCUAACCUGAAAAUAAGCCCUAGUAUGAUUUU